UGCCGACAGUGCAGACGGAUUGCAUGCAUCAGGCAUUGGCAAGAUGCCUCCGAUUUGGUCUCCCCAACUGCCCUGCACGGUUGUGGAACUCUGACAGGCCUUCAAGAACGGACAUCGCCGACGGAUUCUGGGGGAGUAGCAAGAGUCAUUCGGGAUAUUCGACAGAAUCAAUUGCAGGAGUCCGGCCAAAGAAACCUAUACCAAAACAACAUCGCGAAAUCAUCACAUUGGAUGCUGAAAAGAUACAAUUCUCCGGCCAACGCACGUAUGAUAUUUCAGGCUACAGUGGUGCUCGGUGCCCGGCGACAAAGUUGAAGCCGCCUCAAGUUUUCCGGGUUUACUACAUGAUCAAAAACGCUCGACACGUUCCCUUUCCGCCUGGAUCGACAGGCGUGUUCUACUAUUGCCCACCACCCCCUGGGGCACCUGUCCUUAGCGGCGAGCUGCGCUUCAAGCUGUGCACAGACCUCGCCUUUUUCGCAACCUCUCCCGACCUGCAGCUCCGUGAUGAGGAUAGACCAUGGUCGCUGAACCUGUAUGCGAUGAUGAGGAUGCCUGGAUACCGAACGCUCGGCCAGCUGCUCGUUCGCGAAGGCCUCGUGUCGCCUGCUAUAUCUGAUAAUAUUGCUCGUCUACCUCGAAUAAUUAUGCAGCGAUCCAACAGUUCAGGGACACUGUACUCCCUCGAUCAGCCAUUCGAAGUCAACCUCGCACACAUUUCACACUCAUUUGUUUUACUCAACCCAGGGGUCGCUAUGCAGCUGGUGAUCAAGGAAUUGUGCGUUCGUAGGCGGAUGCAGGGCCCCACAUUCACAGGACGCAUCAAGGCGCGCCUCGAGCUCUCCACUCUCCCCGAACACGCUACCCAAGGACCGACGCUCGUUCUACGUGUCCUGGAGCUGUUGACUCCCAUCAAAUGUCACAUUCCGGGGAUCAUGAAAGACCCCCGCCCCGGAGAACUGCUGUGUAAACUCCGCAAUAGAAAGUUCUGUGCGUGGUCGUUGCCUCUCAAGGACCGCGUAUCUGCACCGGCGCUCAGAGAGUUCAUCGGCUUGCCUCCGUUGCCAAACGAGAUUAGGAAGACUUCCCGGCCGGACUCGUACUACGUGCACACGCUACACCCGGACAAGAUGAUAGCGAAGGGACAAGCAGUGCGCGAUCUCUCUGGGAGCCCAGGUCCCUAUGUUCGACCACGAUUGGAAGACGGGAGGGACGGCCCCGUACGGAUCACGUACAAAUGGCUGGAUGGAGGUCGGGCCCCAUUUCCACCCAACACGAAAGGCGUAUUCUAUUACUGCUCGCCAUCGCCCGGAGACCCCAUUUUGAGUGGUCAUCUUCGCUUCCGCCUCUGUCCCAACGCAGCCUCCUUCCAUGAAGGCUCCGACCUGCUCGCGCCGAACGGUGUCGAACCCUGGAACAUAUCCCUCUACGACCUCGUCAAACGCUAUCCGAAGGAGAGGGAGAUUCUAGUCGACCUUCUCAUUCAGGAAGGCCUCGUCGACCGACAGGCUGUAGACCAGAUCGUAAAGUUGCCCUCCCUCCGCAAACUGACCUCCCACCGGCUGUACGCCCUGGAUUGGCCGUUUGUGGCUGAUCUGUCUUCAAGGUCACUCCGUCUCAGGCUCAUCAACCUCUCCAUGUUCGAAUUCGUCGCUGUGCCCAACGUAUUUCAGGCGAAGCCGGCGCGGGCAUCCAUCGUGACUCCGUAUGCGGGUUUAGUGAAGGCGCGUUUCGAACUCUCGCCGCUGCCUGAGCAUGCCGGCUUGUCAUCUCCGGUUCUCGUCUUGAGAAUUUUAGAGCUACUUGAGCCUGUGCGCCGCUACAUCGCUAACGCUGAAGACAUGAUGCCGCUGCCUCAGGCAGGGUUGCUGUUAUACAAGAUCGAUUCAUUCAGCGGUCAACCGAAGCUGUGGACGUAUGAUCUCGACCGACAGGCGAAUAGGGACACUUUCAAGCGUUUCAUUGCAACAUGUGAGGGAUCGCAGGGUAUCUGAU